AUGGCUCUUCUGCUUAUCAUGAGCUCUACUGCUCACAAUUCAAUUUCUUCACUCUCCCACAAAGUAGAUCAAUCGUCGCACAUUUCAACUACAAGGAUGUCUCCCUGGCAAUACAUUUAUUCACCUCUGGAUGACGGAAAUGGAAAGCUGGAUUGUAAGCCGGGAGAGUUCCCAAAGCUGUCCUUUGGUGUCGAGCUCGAGUUCUCUCUUGCAGCACUUCCAUUCAAUGUCAAAGAUCGAGAGGCACCUGACGGUCGGGAAAUGUAUGGAAUCAUAGAAGAGGAGGGAGGACCAAACCAGCCUACAGUUCAACUCACAUUGUCUCUUUUACUGAAAAAGAAAGGCGAUCGUAACCAUGCCACCCAGCGCCAUAUAUCAAACACCCUCAUAAAAAAAGGCAUUCGCGCCAUUGGAGAAAUGGAUCGUGUCCAUGAGCUUGCGGAUAUGCCGCUCGAUCGAUGGAUCGUCACUGAGGAUACGACCAUCAAACACCCGCCGCUUGAGGGACUCAGGACCGUUUACGAGUUCCAGGAGGUUGAGAUGCAAUCGCCUGCUUAUUUGAUGACAGAGGGGAGCCUUAGGGAAGUACAGAGAGUUUGUCACUUAAUCACUUGCACUUACAGAACGUAUAAUGGGCCAAGUACUGGCUUGCAUGUUCAUGUGGGCAAUAGCACGAGAGCUUUUACACUCGAAACAGUACAAAAUGUUGUGGCGAUUCUCUUUGCUUUUGAGCCUCAAUUGGAUACUUUACAUCCUGAACAUCGACGAAAAAAUGGGUAUUGCCUACCUUUGCGAAGUAACUCACGUUUAGCCCUUCGAAUGUUGGAAGAAAAAAUCGAUUUGAGAGACAUCCUCGAUGAAAUAUACAAAACAACAUCCAUCAACCAACUUAUCAAACUGAUGAGCGCCUCUGAUGGUUCAGGAUACAAGAUGGGGGUAAACUUAGAGAACCUUCUGGAGCCAUACGUCGACGAAAGGUGCUCGUUUCACCGGCCGGAUAAUGAUCUAAAGAAGACCAUUGAGUUCAGGCAACACGAAGGUACCCUUGACCCAGAGGCAGUGUACAAUUGGGCGAAGGUGUGUGUGAACCUUGUUGAGUUUGCUCAAGAAGUUCCGACACCAAAGCUGCAAGCAUGGCUUCGAUGGAACAUCAACCAGAAAGUGGAGGAGUAUCCGGCAGUCGCUGUGCUUUAUGCCUUGAAAAUUCCGCGGUGCGCUUUGUAUUACGAAAAGAAACUUGCUGAGAGGAGCAAGGUGCCCAGUGGGCCAUGA